GCGUAACUGUAUAUUAUAUACGCACAAGUCUAGAAGCAUAAGCAGAAUAUUAUUCUCCAUAAUUGAAUUUAUUUGUGUAUGUAUGUAAUCGUGGCAAUCAUAAUCUAUCAAUAAAGUAUGUAGGGAGCAUAACACCCUAGUCUUGACUUCCAAUCUUAAUUCAUUACAAAUGCCAGUGCUAAAUCAAUAGAUCCAAUAUACAAUUAUGAAAUGACUCAACCCAGAAACAAUAACAGGUAGGAUGAGGUGGCAAUCUGGUUAACUUAUUAUUACAUGCUUUAAAACGUGAAUAAAAAUUAACCAAUCAAAAUUUAAUUGACAAAUUAUAUGAAUCUUGAAAACUAUUGGUUGCGAAGAUUAGUUUUUCCACGCAUAGCAGUGGUUACUGAGUCGUGUUGUUACAGCGUUUUGUGGUACUUGACUUACAUCCAACGUAAUUAUGGACAACUACAGAACGGAAAUAAACAUACCGAUAUCAAGAGAUAAGCGAACAUUCGAACAGCGCCGAAAGGAUAUGCUUAGUAAUCUUGAACGUAGUUACAGUAAGCAUUCAAGAACCGACAUCCACAGGAAUUCAAGUUCAGAGUCUUCAAUACCCUUAAGUGAAUCAACUAUAAGUGGAUCAAAUCGUCAUAUUAGUGAUUGGGAUGAUGAAGUCAAUCGCUGGAUUAGUGAAACACGUAGCAAGUGGGGCGAAGACAUGAAGCGAAUGAGACAGUCCAUGUUCGCUUUAGAGCCUGUUGAUGAUUUUGAUCUUGACCAUUGGGGUAAUUUUGAACCGAUUCAUUCACUUGAUGAUCCAUCAACCAUGAUGGAACAAAUGGAACGUCGAAUGGAAUCAUUACGACAAAAAAUGGGAACUAUGUCCAGUUUUGGUCCAUCACAUUUUUCCGGUCCUAAUAGUUCAACUAUGCAAACAUCAAGUUCACGUAUAACAUCAUCCACAUCGCAUAGUAGCGGUAGUGAUCCAAAAAAUAUGGUGACAAAAAGUAAUGUCGUAGAAUCUACACAACAUACACGUACAGUAGAUGGUGAGACAACAACAACUUCAAGCCAUUCUAGUUCAUCAUCUAAUACAUCAGGAUUACCAGGCAGUAAAAUUAAUGUGACUAAUACUCCAGGAAGUUUAAUUUCACAAACGAGUGUCCCAUGUGGUAUGAUGGAUUUUCUCAAAGAUGCCUAUGAAUUAGGUGAUGAUGGAAAGGUACAUUUUAAAGUACGAUUUGAUGCAAAAGAUUUUUUACCAGAAGAUAUUGAAGUAACUACAGUUGAUAAUCAUCUACGAGUUCAUGCUAAAAAAUCAAUUAAAUCAGGCAAUUCAACAACUGUACGUGAAUUUCAUCGUUCUGUUGAUUUACCAAGAUCAAUUGAUCAUGAAAAUUUUCAGUGUCAUAUGACAGAGGAUGGUGUAUUGAUACUAGAUGCGCCUGUUAAAGCUCCUGACUAUCGAACAAUCACAUUUCAAGAUGAUCGUCAACUUGGCAUCCGACCACGUGCUGAAUCUGAGAUAAAAGCCACUCCUAAUAGUAAUAAAACACCAGUCUGUUUAACUGUAACCGGUAGUUCUGAACCAACAAUAAUGAAAGAUGGCAUCAAUGGAAGAAAACUACAUCUUGAAGUCACUGUAGAUCCAAUUUAUAAAGCUGAUGAAUUAUGCGUUCGUAUGGAUUCUAAUCGUAUAGUUAUAACUGGUUGUCAAAAGAAAACUGAAGCAAAAUCAACUUCCACUGCCGAAUUCACUCAGUCAUUUGAAGUUCCUGAAACAGUAGAUCCAUUUUCAGUUACUGCUCAAUUGAUUGGAACAACACUUGUCGUUGAAGCGCCAUUAUUAUGCACAGUUUAGGUUGGGUAGGAAAAAAACUCAAUUCAUCAUGAACGUUUUGUGUGUGCGGAGAAGGGGUGGAGAGAGAGAGAGAAAGGGAAUGAAUAACGUGUUCUUUAUAAAUAAAAUGUUUUUUGUUAGUGAUACCUUAAUGUGUUACACCACAUAACCAACAUGUAGUUAUUUUGUAGGGGAAUGGGAAUGACUAAUUCUUUAAUGUUUUAUUUGCUUUUAUUCAAAUAUUAUUGCUGCAUCACUUUGCUAUUACAAUUAAUGAUUUUCUACAUCUAAUCAAUAAUGACUGUCAAUCAUGAGAUUGACGUGCUUUUUUUCUCAAAGAAAAAUUUGUCUAGUGUUUUCCAUUCUAAAAAUGAUCCAAAACUGUUUUAUUUAUCAGUUAACUUUUUCUCCAACCCUUUUUAUAUCUUUAUUUUUAUCUCCAGUGUAUGCGUUAUAUCUUCACUGUUUCUUUUUUGCUACUUUUCCAAAGAUGAGAUGAGAAGGUAGUUAUGUUGUUUAUCUUAUUGUUGUGAAAUUUAUUUAUUUAUCUAUACAUAAUUAACAUUUUCGCAUGCAAUCAUUCAUUCUUCAAUGGUUACAUUAUUUUACUAUGUAAAACGGGAAUUUUGUGCUUAUCAUAUCAUUUUUCUGCGAAUGUUUGAGGGAGAUAUGCAUACACUCAAGUUGUUUUUCCAAAAAAAAGUACUGGUGAUUAAUACAAGGAAGAUGGAGGUGACUAUGUGCACUAUCACUAAUAUGACUAUACCAACAUUUUUUAUCAUCACUACGACAACACUCAUUAAUAAUGUUCAUUUGGUUAGCCUAUUCAUAAUGCUUAAUUUCAACAAAUAAACACUUUAAAAGAUUGAAUUUAUUCUUGUUUUGCUUUACUGUAAUGUAAAUCCAAAUGGUUUGUAUUGAUAUUGUCAGGAGUAGUCAUUUAAAACAGAUUGUAUAUGAUUCGGGGUUUUUUUGUAAUGUUCUUGAACAGGAUAAUCAAUUUGAACAGUAAUUUCAGUUAUUUUCCCGACAUCAGAAUAAAAUCUAUUAAGAUAUUUUC